AAGAAAAGUGCAGCAUCCUUCUUUCAUUCUGUUUCUUCUCUUCGAGAUCCUUCUUCUCUCGAGUUGCUCCCUCCUUCUCUUCUUUUUCCCCCCCACCGAAAUGGACGAGGGAAAAGUGAAUUCUCCUUCUUUCAUUAUGUCUCUUCUCUUUGUCAAGUCCUUGACAUCAAAUUUGGUGAAGCUCCAUAUCGAUCAAGAGGGGAAAGAUUUAGAGGAGAAAAUGAGAGGAGGCAGAAGAUGAGCAUGUGAAGUAUAUCUAAGAUGUAUAUUGUGGUCACCAUACUAUACCAUAGUGGUAUUAUGUGGUAACUAGAUGUUUAUUGUGGUUACCACACUAUACCAUAUGGUAAUGUGUGGUAAUUAAACGUAUUUUUAAGGUUACCAUGUUUUACCAUGGUGGUAUUAUGUGGUAACUAGAUGUUUAUUGUGGCUACCACACUAUAUCAUAUUGUAAUGUAUGGUAACUGAACGUAUUUUUAUGUUUACCAUGUUUUACCAUGGUGGUAAGAAUGUGGUCAUCGACCCCAGUUGUGGUUACCACACUAUACCAUAUGGUAAUGUGUGGUAAUUAAACGUAUUUUUAAGGUUACC